AUGGUUGGCUAUGUCUUUCCCAUACUGUGUGAAAAUUCCAAAUAUUGGGAAGGCUGCCAUUGUACUACACUACCAGAGAUACCCUUGCUGAGUCUCUUGGUACAACUAGUAUCGGCCUGUUUUCUGGUUGAAAUAAGGCGAACUCAAGCUAGGGCCUAUGACUAUUACGUGCUUGACUUGAAGCUUUUCUAA